UGCCCACUUGUCCAUUAUUGAUCUCUUUUGAACCAUGUGAAAAGCUAACACCAUGAGAGUUUUAAAGAUAAAACUCAUUUGUACUUAAGCAUUUAUACCGAACAAAGAGAGAACAAAAGAAACAGAACAACAAUGGCGAAAUUAAAUCGUUCCAACAUUGGUCUCUCACUGUUACUAUCUAUGUUCCUCGCAAACUUUAUCACCGAUCUUGAAGCUUCUUCUCAUCAAGAUCUCAACCAACCGUACCGGACCGGUUAUCACUUUCAACCUCUCAAAAAUUGGAUGAACGGUAUGUAACGUACCGAUCUUGAUCUGGUUUCUUUAUAAUCUCUAAAAUCCAUCGAUGUGUGUAUUCAUUCAUCCUCAAAACUAACAUCUUUUAUUCUCUUAUGGAUUCCGUUAUGUUCGAUGAAAUCUAAUUCGACCAACAAAAAUAAAAAUCCAGAUCCUAAUGGACCAAUGAUAUACAAAGGAAUAUACCAUCUUUUUUACCAAUAUAACCCAUACGGUGCCGUUUGGGAUGUGAGAAUCGUGUGGGGACACUCCACGUCAGUUGACUUAGUCAACUGGAUUUCACAACCUCCAGCUUUUAAUCCAUCUCAGCCGUCAGAUAUCAACGGUUGUUGGUCAGGCUCCGUCACGAUUCUACCAAACGGCAAACCUGUGAUCCUCUACACCGGCAUUGACCAAAACAAAGGUCAAGUCCAAAACGUCGCCGUUCCGGUUAACAUCUCUGAUCCUUAUCUCCGAGAAUGGUCAAAACCGCCGCAAAAUCCUCUAAUGACAACUAACGCGGUUAACGGAAUUAACCCGGACCGGUUUCGUGAUCCGACCACCGCGUGGCUUGGACGUGACGGAGAAUGGCGAGUAAUCGUCGGAAGCUCGACGGACGAUCGACGAGGAUUAGCGAUUCUUUACAAAAGCAGAGAUUUCUUCAACUGGACGCAAUCAAUGAAGCCUUUACAUUACGAAGACUUAACCGGAAUGUGGGAAUGUCCUGAUUUUUUCCCGGUUUCGAUAACCGGAUCGGACGGUGUAGAAACGUCGUCGGUUGGUGAGAAUGGGAUUAAGCAUGUGCUUAAAGUGAGUUUGAUUGAGACAUUGCAUGAUUAUUACACGAUUGGGAGUUAUGAUCGUGAGAAAGAUGUUUACGUACCGGAUCUUGGGUUUGUGCAAAACGAAUCAGCUCCGAGGUUAGAUUACGGGAAAUAUUACGCGUCGAAAACGUUUUACGAUGAUGUUAAAAAACGAAGGAUCUUGUGGGGUUGGGUUAAUGAAUCGUCUCCAGCUAAAGAUGAUAUUGAGAAGGGUUGGUCUGGUCUUCAGUCAUUUCCGAGGAAAAUAUGGCUCGAUGAAUCAGGAAAGGAAUUGCUACAGUGGCCGAUUGAAGAGAUUGAGACAUUGCGUGGGCAACAAGUCAACUGGCAAAAGAAAGUUCUCAAAGCAGGAUCUACUCUCCAAGUUCAUGGUGUCACUGCUGCGCAGGCAGAUGUUGAGGUAUCGUUCAAGGUGAAGGAAUUGGAAAAGGCGGAUGUGAUUGAACCGAGUUGGACCGAUCCACAAAAGAUAUGUAGUCAGGGAGAUUUAUCGGUUAUGUCGGGUUUAGGACCAUUUGGUUUGAUGGUUUUGGCAUCCAAUGACAUGGAAGAGUACACGUCCGUUUACUUCAGAAUUUUCAAGUCAAAUGACGAUACUAACAAGAAGACUAAAUACGUGGUGUUGAUGUGCAGUGACCAAAGCAGAUCAUCGUUAAAUGAUGAAAAUGAUAAAUCAACCUUUGGUGCUUUUGUUGCGAUAGACCCUUCUCACCAAACAAUUUCUCUUAGGACUUUGAUUGAUCACUCGAUAGUGGAGAGUUAUGGUGGAGGAGGCAGAACAUGUAUAACCUCAAGAGUGUAUCCAAAAUUGGCAAUCGGAGAAAAUGCAAAUCUGUUUGUCUUCAACAAAGGCACUCAAAGUGUUGAUAUCUUGACCCUAAGUGCUUGGAGUUUAAAGUCUGCUCAAAUCAAUGGCGACUUAAUGUCACCAUUUAUUGAGCGUGAAGAGUCACGCUCACCUAAUCAUCAGUUUUGAAUGAAAAAUAUUUUACAUUGUACGGGUAAAACGAAAUAUAUAAGAGAUUAUUACAUAUUAAGAGAUAUUAACAUUCUUAUUUUACCAUUCACUUCCAAAUUUGAAGAUUUUACUUUUGGUGUAUAUGUUAUUUUUACGCAGAGAUUAUACGUUUUUU